AUGAGUGAGGAAGCUUAUGAAAGUCCAUCUGACUCCGUCAAGCCUGAGGAAUUGGAGAUGAAGCUGCCACCGUGGUUUGAUGAAACUCUUUAUAACAAAGGUCGACGUUUCUUCUGGCGGUUUUGCUUUGGGUUCGGAUCAGUUAUGAUACCUGGUCUGGUAGCGAUAUUCUCUGUGCCCACUAUCCUGCAAGUGCUCGUCUGCUCCAGAAGAUCCUCUUCAAAGUAUACCGCCUUCAAGCGCUAUAUUUCUACGUCCUUACAUGUAAAAUCUUGGUUGAGUCAUGAUCUGAAGCCUGGUAGCUUAUCAUGGCAAUCGUUGUAUGUCGUAAGAUCAAGGCAUAUAAAAAAUGGCCGCGCAACUCGAUUGAAGAAACAAGGCACGCUGUCUCAACGUGAUUUAGCUCUCACUAUGUUCGGGACCAUCGGUCUUGGAAUCCUUAAACCAGAUCGAUUCGGUAUCAGACAAGAGGAACCUGAAGAUUGGGAGGCAUUUAAUCACUUCUGGAAAGUUAUUGGCUACAUGUUAGGCAUGGAAGAUAGAUAUAACAUGUGUCGUAAGAACGUACAGGAAACCCGUGAGGUAUGUCGGCUGAUACUGGAGCGCGUAUACACGCCGUGCCUGGAGAACGUGCCGGAGUACUUCGAGCACAUGGCACGUGUCAUGAUGGAUGGCAUGUGGGCGGUAAACGGUGGCAUGGAGGCCGGUAGCCUCAUGUACGUUACCAAGAACCUAAAUGACGUUCCCGGGUACGUUCUCACCGAGGCCGAGAGGAUCGUGCUGCAGACAAAACUGAAAGAGAAGCUGGCUGGGAAACAUGAGGAUACUGGAGUGGACGCAUCAACUCUGAUCGAAAAAUCAAGUCUUCAUGAAACAGCACGUGAACCACGUCUACUCUACCUUAGAAAUUACGACAGAUUAGACACCGCACCAGAAUACAAGAAGCUUUCUUAUGCUUCCAAAUAUAAAUUAACACUUUCAUCUAUGAUGACAGCUUUCUACAAAACGUCCGUAGGAAGGAUCCUCUUAAACUGGUAUUAUAUCACAGUACUGUACUUGUCAGAGUAUUUCCCGUACGUUGCAUUCUUUCUCUAUGGAAUCAAGGAUUCUUAUGUGAAAAUAUUCAAAGACAGCCCACUCGGGGACAUUCAACCUAAAACUAAUAUGGAAUACAACGCGCCUCAACCACCGGAACCCUGGUACAGAGCAAUUUUAUCAUUUUGGUAA